GACACAGCACUGCAGGUCAAAGGAGGACUCUAACCCUCAGAUAAACUCUGCAUUGAGUGGGAAAGUGAAGAGUCUCCAUGACCACAGUUUGAUUUACAAUCCAAAGCAAAAGUUUAGAGGGCAAGUUGGUCAUCUGACGAAAAUGGCUUCUGGACCAAAAAGAAGACACAGCAAACAGCUGCCUCCUAAUCUGUCUGAAUUAAUGGACAAACUUACUGAAGAAGCAGCUUUAUUCAUCCAGCAGUUUAGCACCAGUGAACCAAGGAUGAGAGAAAUUGUAGAAGAGUUUCUGAGGAUUUCAAAUAAAAUAAAAGACAUGCAGUGGAAAAUGGACACAGUGAGAAACGUGGGAGCUGUUACUGGAGGAGCAGCAGUAGCAGCAGCUGUAGUCAUUGGAGCCUCAAUCGUUGCAGCUCCGUUCACUGGUGGGAUGAGUUUACCAUUUGGAGCUGCUGCUAUAGGCAAAGUUUUUGCUGCUGGUGGAGUUGCUGUUGUUGCAGCCAAUAUAAGAAAAAUGAUGUCAGAGAGUGGAAGUGCAAAGAAAGUAGAAGAACUGGGGAAAGAAUUCAUGGCGAUUGUGGAACCAAUGAAGAAGAACCUGGAAGAAAUAAAGAUGACGUGUGAAAAGUUGGAGGAAAAAUCAGCAGAAGCUCAGGCUGAAAACUCUCUGACUGAUGUGGAGGAGCUUCAGAGGUGUCUUAGACAAGUGUCUGAACUUAAAGAGAAAAGUGCAGGAGUUUUGACUGAAUCUGUAUCAGUGCUGUAUGCGAUCAAUCAGCUACUGAUUCUCAUUGUCAGCAUCUUCAGGGUGACUGCAACCCCUGAAAACGAUAAAAGGUUAGAAGAGGCCAUUAUCCAGUCAGCUGAUCAGAGUCAAAAGGUUGUUAAUGAGUUAUAUGAGAUGAGAAAUGAACUCGGUGACUUCACAGAAAAGACGAGAGAAUAGAAACCACCCUGUGAACCAGUUCAGACUAACAAAUAAAAUUUUAAGAAUAAAGGAUCACCAGACUGUGAUCUGGACUGUAUGAAGGACUCAUGUAGUUUGAGCCUGAGCUUCCUCAUGACCUCCGUUAGCAGACUGGAUGUUGUUGUAUAUCCAUGUAAAGCUGGUCCACAGCCUCUCCACUGAUCUGCAAACAUUUAUUUGACUGUUUUUACUCCACAUUUAACCUGAAUUAAGAGAUUCUCACUGAUUUUCUUUUGUUCUCACUGGAAAAGCUGUGUUCUUGUGUCAUCACUAAUUAAAAGCCUUCAGAGACAAACACAUGAGACAUGACAAAGCAUUUUUUUUUCUGUUCAGUUCAACCACAGACUUAACAAAAUAAAACAAAACAAACUGUCA